AUGGCGUUUGCUCUUAAGUAUUUUGUUGUUUUUCUUCUUCUCUCUAUGGUCACUCAAGGAAUGUGCCGCUGCACUUUCGGUGAUAUCCAGAUCGGAACCGUGAGGACUGGGAGAGAAAUCGCUGGACAAUCGGAGUGGAAAGUGACGGUGAUCAACACUUGCACCUGUCUUCAGUCGCAAGUAACUCUCUCUUGCCAAGGGUUUGCUCCUGUGAAGCCCGUCGAGCCAUGGCUGCUUCACCCACAAGGAAACACGUGCCUUCUGAUUAAUGGAGCAGCUUUGCCAGCUGGUGCCACUGCUCAGUUCACUUACGCCGGCCAGCCUUACAUCUUCCGACCUGCUAGUUCUACGGUCGACCCAAGUUGCAAGAACUGA